GCUAAGCAGCACCGUGGCAUCAUCAUCCCUCUUCCUCGCAACCUCACAGCUCGUUGACGAUCUGACCCCCGCAGGAGCAGCAGCAGCGUUAAUAAAAAUCAAACUAUGUCACGACACAGACCGCGACUCUUGCUUGCUAGCCUGCUUACCUGCCGUCACUCGAUCGAGUCGUCCAUUUCCUCCUCCCUUCCCCUUGCGUGCCCGCCCGAUUCCACUCGUUCUAUCGCCUCGGUUUCCCUUAUAUAUCAGCUUCCGUCUUAGGGUACCGCACUUCACGCUUUUCCUCGGUUUCAACCAGCGCCAGAGCUCGGGAGUAGUCGGCAACUGGAACAUUCACGACGCCGCCUCCGCGCCCCCCCGCGCCAUUUUUCUCGUGCUCAACCGUCGUAGCUUUCGUUGUUUGUUUGUUUGUUGCGGGGUCGGCCAGUGAUUGCGAGUGAGCAUUAGCCGAUCGGAAUUUGCGGCUGAAGAGCCUGGGUGUGUCACGAGGUAUCUGGAGUCUUUGAAGUUAUACCUCAGAAACCUCUUAUGACAGCGGCAAAUGAAGACGCAUCUACUUCACAUUAUUAUUUCUGUGUUGGUAUGAUUGUGCCUGAAAGGAUCUUGACGUCCUCUUUUGCCAUGUCCGACUGCAUUCGCAGCUCAUGAUCAAAUGCCCCAGGUCUUCCCUACUGUCAAUGUGUAUGAAUGGGCUCAUCCUGGUUACUGACAUCGUAAGGUUGUUACAGCACAGCCCUUUCUUUGGUUGGAACAAUUGCAUUCGAAAAAGACGGUAAUCGAAGUGAAGAUGUGACAACUUGGAAUCCCAGUCAAAGUGAAGGGAACCACAUCGCAGACUUGGGUGCUCAACUCAGUUGAAACAACAAUUCGGCUCUGCUACCUCUGCCGUGGUUUUAUUAUCUUUCUCGCAGAAAAAUAAAACUGGCAUUGUGCUGGCCACAAUCACCGUGAUUGUACAUUGCUCUCUUGUGCCUGGUUCUGGGUUUACGUAAUAUGGGUGCCCAGUGUUCGAAGGCAUCUGAGCAGGACCAGGUGUCGAACGAGGACGACGAACGCCAAAACGCAUCACCGUCUUUGCGAACAUGGCAUUCUUUUCAGGGAACUCGAAAUGGAAUAGAAUCCGCUGGGGCAGGGAAUCACCAGGUGGCUAAUGCCGACCUGGCAACACAAGGGGGUUCUUUUCUGAGCUUUGCUACCCGGUCACAUGAAUUGUCUCCUGAUAAAGUUGUUCGCUCUUAUGGAUAUGAGCCUGAGAGGAACAAGGAGGAGAAGAAAAAGCUCGCAAGGGUGCUGUCUGACAAAGCGACUUCUGUUAGAUCGAGAACAGCUACUGUUGCGAAGAAAGGGGCGUCAAGGGUUUCAGAAGUUCUCAAGGGAGCUGGAACUAUGGGCUUUGGAGCACUGGAUAUCUUCGGCACCUCAGUUGCUAAUCUCGGUGCGAAAGGAGGGUUCAUAGCUGGAGCAGUUUCUAAAGGAAAUAAAAUUGGCAUUCUGAGCUUUGAAGUUGCAAACACAAUAGUAAAAGGGUGCAAUUUGAAACAGUCUUUGGCUGAAGAGGACAUGAAAGUUUUGGUGGAAGAGAUUUUGCCCUCAGAGGGUGUACAACGUUUAGUCUCGACUGAUGAGAACGAGCUCAUGGCGAUUGCCGGAGCUGACAAGAGGAAUGAGCUCAAAAUAUAUGCAGAUGAAGUUGUAAGGUUUGGCAAUCAUUGUAAAGAUCCGCGAUGGCAUCGUUAUGAUCGAGUCUUCGAUCGUCUGGUCAAAGAGAUGGAGAUUCCAAGAGUUGAACAUGAAGAAGCAGAUAAUAUCAUGGAAACCUUGAUGACCCUUGCUCAGAACACUGCGGAUUUAUAUCACGAGCUUCAUGCGCUUGAUCGAUUUCGAACGGACUUGAAGCGUAAGCAACAAGAAGAAGAGUCUGCCGUUGCUCCCGCUCGUGGAGGAGAAUCUAUCGCCCUUCUGCGGAGCGAAGUCAAAAGCCAGGAAAAGCAUGUAGAGGCACUCAAAAAAAGGUCUCUAUGGUCUAGGAAUCUCGAAGAGGUCAUGGAGCAACUAGUGGAUAUUGCAAAUUAUCUGUACCAAGAGAUUCAAGAGAAGUUCGGACCAUACGUGUUUCUUGAGAAGCCUGAGGAGGAGGAAAAAAGAAAUGCUGGAAAAUUGGGUCCAUCGGGUUUGGCCCUGCAUUAUGCUAAUAUCAUCAAUCAGAUUGACAGCCUGGUUUUAAGACCUGGUUCAGUACCCCCAAACACGAGGGACAAUCUCUAUCAAGGGUUACCCCCAGCCGUCAAAGCUGGUUUGAGAACUCGACUGCAGCACUAUCGAAACAAGAAUGAACUGAGCAUCGACGAGAUUAAAAGCGAACUAUUUAAACUUCUGAACUGGAUCGUUGCUGUUGCUUCCAAUACCACAAAGAAGCAUCAUGGCUUUGGAUGGGUUGGAGAGUGGGCGAAUGCUGGGUCGCCGGCAGACCGGAAAGCCCUGGGUUGCGUCGAAAUAACCCUUUUACAAACUCUACACCAUGCAAAUCAGCAAGUAGUUGAGGACUACAUUCUUGAGCUUGUUGUGGGACUACAUCAUCUAGUUAGCCGGGCAAGAAAUAGCAAGAACAUCAACAAUGGAGAUCCGUCACCACAGAGAUCACCCUGCAAUAUUAACGUCAAGGCACCCAUUCAGCAGUUCCUACUCUCAGGUCGGAGCGUAUCUCCGCCUCCUUUUGGAAUGCUUGCAGCCAAGUUCACCGAAGGCCUGCUCUAUCCUACGCCUGCUGGUGUCAUCAGGCCCGAGCUUUCUCAAGAGGAUAAAGAUAUGUUGCGUGAAAUCAGUAGCGGAUGGACUCAAAGGAAAAUUAUACCUGGUCUCAGCAGGUCACAAGAAUUCGACAACAGCAAGGCUGCCUCCAACAAAGAGUUUCUCAAGCUCAAUAAAAGUAGUAGCCACUCGGUGAGCAGUAAGCAUGAACUUGAAGCGCCUCUCUACAAGCCUAGGAACCGCAUCAAACCACUCGGCCAUAACAUUCACAGGUUGGAUGAGAAAGUAACUAUCGGCCCCGGACCUCUUCAAUCGUAACGCUAGUCUUGACAACCGGUUUCCUUGGAAGUACACAUCUCAUCGCCUCAUUUCCUUGUUGGAUUGUCUUUCUAAUUUUCAAAUACUCGGGUUGGCUUGCCCCUCUAGGUAGCCUCCUUUGCUGGUAUAGAUAGGGAUACCUUUCCGGUCUUGUUGUAGAAAAAAAAGGUAUCUACGGUUAGUUUGUAUUUCAAAUCUUAUUUUUACCUUCCCUUAGGGGAUUAUACUGUAUAUUCAAUGCAAUGCCAAUCGCUGUGAAUGGCAUCUGUGGGAGUUCUUGUAAGGUAGAAUUUCCCAUUCGCACACUUUUGGCUAUGCAGCAAGAGCACAGUUGUACGUCACGAAAUGAAUGGAACCAAUGAAAGUUUCUUGUGUCAAUCCAAAACAAAGUUAUUUCUA